AUGGGACCUCGGUAUUUCCCUGGUCGGACGGUGCUGUUCAAAAGGGAAGCCAAUGGCGUCACAUUCAGGAUUCCCGCUCUGCUGUACAUUCCCAGCUCCACCACCUUCCUGGCCUUCUCUGAAGAGCGGCUGAGCCCCAGCGAUGCAGAGGCCAACCUGCUGGUGCUCCGCAGAGGCACCUUCUACCGGAACUAUGUGGAGUGGGAGGACAUGAGAGCCCUGUACCCAGCUUACCUGAAGAAUCACAGGUCGAUGAACCCCUGCCCAGUCUUUGAUGAGUUCACCGGCACUGUAUUUCUGUUCUUCAUCGCGGUGCUGGGUAACAUCCCUGAGUCGUUCCAGCUCAUCACAGGGAAGAAUGUCACGCGGCUCUGCUACAUCUCCAGCACCGACCAUGGCCGCACCUGGAGCCCCGUCACCGACCUCACUGACAGAACCAUCGGAGACUCCAUCAAGGAAUGGGCUACAUUUGCUCUGGGCCCAGGCCAUGGGAUCCAGCUCAAAUCUGGCCGUCUCCUAAUCCCAGCGUAUGCCUACCACAUUGACUGCAAAGAAUGCUUCGGCAAGAUCUGCACCACCACCCCCCACUCCUUCACCUUCUACAGCGACAGCCACGGCAAGAGCUGGCGAUUCGGGGAGUUCGUACCCAACUUGGAGACGGUGGAGUGCCAGCUUGUCUCUGUUGAUGAGGAUGACGGCACCAAUACGCUGUACUGCAAUUCCAGGAGUCCUUUGGGCUACAGGGUACAGGCCCUCAGCAAGGAUGAUGGGGCUGUGUUUCUGGAAGGGCAGUUGGUACAGAAGCUGGUGGAGCAGCCCCACGGGUGUCACGGGAGUGUCGUUGGAUUUCCGGCCCCCGUUCUCGAGUGUGGUGACACCCAAACAGCAGAUCCUCCAAAUGGUCCAGAGACCCAACUCUAUCCUGUCCGUUCGUUCAAAAGCCUUGCGUUAAAUGCUAUCCAUGGGUGUCAUCCAUCUCAGAACGGAACACUUCCCCUUCCCGGGACAAACUUUCUACCCCCAACCUGGGUGAUUUACUCCCACCCGACCAGCCCAGAUACCCGUGUCCAACUGGGCAUCUACCUCAGCACCUUUCCCAGGGACCCAGACAGCUGGUCUGAGCCAUGGGUCAUUUAUGAGGGCCCGAGUGCCUACUCAGACCUGGCGUAUGUGAAGCUGCCAUCUACAGAAGCGGCCCACAAUGACACCCCUGCUGUGGCCUUCGCCUGUCUCUUUGAAAAUGGCUCCAAGUCACCUUAUGAGGAAAUCUCGUUCAGUAUUUUUACCCUUUCUGAACUGAUUCACAACAUUCCCAAGAAAUCUGACUUGAGUCACAACACUCUGAAGAGCACUAAACUGAGGAAUCAUUGUACGGUGGCAUAACUGUUUGCUGAGUCUUUCUCUAGGUGUGUUGCAGGGUCAAUACAGAGCCACCUGUUUUGUACCUCUGUUCUGUUUCAGCCUGUUGUUGAAACAAACAUGCAAAGAGCUUUUAGAAAUAACAGCAAAAAAGCCCUGAAGCAUUUUUUAAAAAUUGUUUAUUUUAAAAAUAAAUUCAGAAGUGAUGUACAGACAUUUUACUCACUUCUGGCCAUUGACUAUUGGGUUAUUUAAAGCUUAAUAAAUAUCAAUGAAAAAAAAAAACAUGAUUUCCCACUGAAUGGUA